UUGUGGCCCUAGUGGAAUUAUUAUCAGGACCUUAUCAAGUACGCGAUAGUCAGUUAUCGCGCUUUAUUUGUGAUAGACGGACGGAAAAUGGCACAGACCCAGUACGGUGGCCCUAUCGGUUUCUCGGAGGAUGGCGUCGACCACCACUUCGACUUCACUGAGGCCACCAUCAGAAGAGGUUUCAUACGCAAGGUGUACGCGAUCCUGAUGUGUCAGCUGCUGGUGACGAUGGGAGCCAUCGCCCUCUUCCUUUUCCAUGAGCCCACCAAACUGUUCGUCGCCAGGAACUCCUAUCUUUUCUGGAUAGCCCUCGCGGUGCUUAUAGUGACGCUAAUUGCCAUGGCGUGCUGUACGAAUGUGCGGCGAACGGCGCCAAUGAACUUCAUCUUCCUAACGCUGUUCACUGUCGCGCAGAGCUUCCUGCUGGGAGUAGCUACUAGCGUGUACGACGUGUCCGAGGUAAUGAUGGCGGUAGGUAUCACGGCAGCGGUGUGCCUGGGUCUCACCCUGUUCGCCUUCCAGACCAAGUGGGAUUUCACCAUGAUGGGCGGAGCUCUCGUUGCUCUUACCAUGGUGUUGCUGGUUUUCGGUCUAAUCGCUAUAUUCUUACCAGCGAACAGGAUAAUAACACUAGUAUAUGCGUCGGCUGGUGUACUUAUAUUCUCCAUGUAUCUUGUCUACGACACCCAGCUGAUGAUGGGCGGCAAACACAAGUACAGCAUCUCGCCAGAGGAGUACAUCUUCGCUGCCUUAAACCUGUAUCUUGAUAUCAUCAACAUCUUCCUUUACAUUCUCACUAUUAUUGGAGCGUCGAAGUAAAAACGCGCCGUUUUUAAAUUAGGAACAGAUUGACAUCUAUGACAGAUUUUUAUUGCAUAUUUUGUAGGUAUAACAAAGACAAAGGCAUGUCA